UUGCAAUAUCCUAAUAUUUGAAAUCUUGCACUUGUCUUUCUUGCAAAAAUAUAUAAGGUCUUGGACAGAUAAGUCUCCAUCCACAAACCCAACUCAUUCUAGCCCUUUUUAAGUCUUUCAAUGGCUAAGAUUUAUCCUCAAACACCUACUUGUUCUUCUUACAUGACUUCUACAAGAGAAACAUUUACCAUAUGGAUGAAAUCACUUGUGUUCCAUGGAAAUGGAUGCACGGUUUUCAAUUCGAAUGGUAAAAUCGUUUAUCGUAUUGACAACUAUGAUAAAAAGAGUAGCAAUGAAGUCUAUCUCAUGGAUCUUCAAGGCACAGUUCUCUUUUCUAUCCGACGAAAGAAACUAAGUUUCUUGGGACAUUGGGAUAUUUAUAAAUGGAGUGGUUCUAAAAUGAACAAGUUGGAGAAACCAUGGUAUCAAGCAAGAACAAACAGCAACUUUCUUGGGAGAGAAAUGGCUUGUCACGUUACUUUGGGGCGCGAUAAAGCUAAAGAAAUUAGCUACAGAAUAAUAGGAUUGGCUGGAAAAUUAGCAUUCAAGAUUACAGACAGUCAUGGUGGACUUGUUGCAGAGGUGAAACAAAAGCAAUUAUCUUCAGGUGUUGUGUUGGGAGAUGAUGUAUUAAGCUUAGUUGUGGAACCCCAAACAGAUCAUUCCCUUGUAAUGGCUCUUGUGACUGUCUAUGGAUUGAUGACAGACAAGAUCUGAAUGAUAAACUUCAAUCAUCACAAGAGCUACAACACAACAUGCAUGGGUGCAUGGGCUAGCUUCUUCACAAACAAUUUUGUUUUUUCUGUUUUUGUUUUCAUUCUAUUCUUAUUUUUCUGUUAGUCUGCAAAAGUGAGUGCUUUGUUCAUAUGAUCAUUAGGAAAGAUACAUGUAUAGGAAGGAAAAAAAGGGUAAAGAAGCAACAAGUGUCAACAUUCUCAUUCUUUUUAUUUUAGGUAGGGACACAUGAAGGUCUGUUCAAGCAAUUGGGGCUUGGAGAAUUUUGAAGAGUCAUUUAUUAAACAUGCUUGAAAUUUAAAGUACUAU